AUGGCAGGUGACCCCGGGAAACGUAACCAGAAUCUGUAUUGCGAAUAUCACCAAGAGCCGGGCCACACCACCGAUGAUUGCAGGAAUCUGAAAAACCACUUGGACCGGCUGGUCCGAGAAGGAAAGUUGAGACACCUCUUGCAUCAUCCUGUUGGACGGCAGGACCAGUCGAACGUCGAAACAAGGCAAAGCACAUUGAAGCCACCUAUUGGCACGAUAAAUGUCAUUCUUGCCGUACCAGGAAGAACCGGCUCCCAUACUUUCAAAGUGAUGUCGGUGGCCCGACUCCCCAUUAAAGCUGACGAACGGGAGUCCAAGAGGGCUAAAGGGAUGGCCAUGCCCCGAAUCGGAUUCUCGGAUGAGGAUAAACUGGGAACCCUCCAACCCCAAAACGAUUCUUUAGUUGUCACGCUCAGGAUUGGGGAAUAUGACGUGAAGAGGGUGCUAGUCGAUCAGGGCAGCGCCGUGGAAGUAAUGUACCUCGACUUGUACAAAGGGCUAAAGUUGAAACUAGAGGACCUGAUAGCAUACGAGUCCCCUUUAGUGAGUUUCGAAGGGAAAACCGUCACUCCGAAAGGCCUGAUUAGGCUGCCUAUACAAACAGGCUCAGACAUAGUGGAGGUGGACUUCAUAGUGGUAGACGCUUACUCCCCCUACACCGCCAUUAUAGCCAGACCGGGGCUUCACGUCCUAGGGGCUGUGUCAUCAACCUUACACCAAAAGGUGAAGUAUCCGUCGGAGGGUCGAGUGAAAGAAGUAAUAGGGGACCAAGCCAUGGCCCGGCAAUGCAUGGUGUCCGCCAUCUCACGACAACCGAGUACUGAGCCUCUACCUCACCCGAGAAUGGCUUAUAGCAAUUAG